UCCAUGUGCUCUGGGAGUGGCCCUAAAAAGCCAAAAGAAAAAGGAGAAGAAGAGGAGCUUAAGGGGAGCUUGUUCACUCCGUUCAUCCAGAUAGGUACCAUUCGGUUGCUCUUCCUCCACCCGCGGUUCUGGGCUUCCCGCUGCUGUCGUUUGCCUCCUCUCCAGAGUUCUCCGUGUGCAUUGCUUUUAUUUUUUUUAACCAUUUUUACAAUUUAAACAUUUUUUGAUUGAGCCCGUGGCCUAUGGAAGUUCCAGUGCCGGGGAUCAAACCCCUGCCACCGCAGUGACCACGCUGGAUCCUGAACGCCCUGCGCCACCAGGGGGCGCCACCACCAGCGUUUUUUAGAGCAGGGCUGCUUGUGGCCCCUUCUCUUCAUUUUCCUUUAUCCGAAAAUGUCUUUGACUUACUCUCCUUCCGCCGCUGGGGAGCCUGAGCCGAGGCCCUUUCCUUCAUCACAGGAAGAACGUCCUGCCUCUGAGGGGGGUCCCCAGGCCUCCGAGCUGUGCGCGCGUGGCCGGCUGCUUUUGCAGUGUUCCUGCUUUGUUGGUCUUGAGAUGCUUAGGGUCUGGCGUGGGCUUCGGGGAGUCUCUCCUGUGUGAGGUUGACUGAGCUGCUUGAAUGUGCACGUUUAUUUGUUUACUAAAUGUGGGGAGGGUUCAGCUAUUCUUUCUUCAAAGGUUUUCUUUCCGGUGUCACACUUUUUUUUUUCUUUUUUCCUUCUGGACCCCAGUGCUGCGGAGGGCAGCUCUUUUGCGGGUCCUUCGUUCCCGAGGUUCCAUCCCGUGUGUUUUGCUCUCUUCCUUCUGUGCCCACUGGGGCGUCUGUGUUGGUCUGUCUUUGUUCUUACCACUCAGCUCUUCCUCACUCAUCACCAUCCUGAUACAGAGCCCCGCCGGCGGCUCUUUUCUUCUGUCGUAUGGUUUCAAUUCUCCCAUCUCCCCCUGGCUGUGCCUUCUGCUCCCGUGGCACCACCGCCAAGGAGGUCGAACGACAGCUGCCCGGAGGCCCCUGCCUCUCCGGCGGUCGCCUGGGAGGGGCGUCUCUUGAUUGUUUUUCCCCUUGAGAAUGGGUCAGACUCUCCUGGUUCUUUGUUUCGUAGAUGAUUCUGGGUACCUUGAAUGUCGUGUUGUGAGACUUGGUCCUGUUUCCGCCUCCCGGAGGACGGAGCGUUCCGGUGCGGCUCGGCGGGUCCAGGCUGUGCUUCGGGGCCCGGCCGUGGGCGGGCGUGGCCCGACGCAGUUCGGCCUUCCAGCGUGUGCAGGGGCCUUGGGAUCUGCCCCACGGGUGCCACCCAAGGCCAGUCUGAGGGUGGGCGGUGGUUGACUGGACGUCCGUCAGCCUCUGGUUGCCGUUUGGGGUCAGGCCCCCGCACGGACGGGUGAGGAGGGACCCAGGCCUUCGCACACGCUGGCUGCAGCCCUUGCGGACGGCCGCCCUCGCCACAGUCUCCCGCACGCUCGCUGGCGCCCCGUUCCUCGUCCUCUGGCUGAGAGCCUGGUCUCUCGUGCGCCCUCUGCGCUGAGCCCCUCCGUUCCUGGUCUGCCCUGGGCCCAGCGUCAGAGGAAGGAGAGCAGGUCUCCUGAGCAGCCGGUGGACCCAUGUGGCUCCGGGUCCUCGGGGUUUAGGUGCCUGCCCGGCUGCCACCAGCACAAGGUCCCCGAGACUGGGCCUUGCCCAGGGGGCAGAGCCAGCAAGAACCAAACCACGCGGGACAGCGCUUCGGAGCAGAGACAGGACGUGUCUCCAACAGUGUUCUGAGCACUACCCGGACUUCAGGUUGGGGACACAGAGGACAGGACCAGGGCCCUGGCGCAGGGUCGCGCCAAGGCCGCCUUCCUUCCAGCUGGGCCAUGGCCACCCCGGAUGUCAGCGUCCACAUGGAGGAGGUGGUGGUGGUGACAACGCCCGACACGGCGGUGGACGGCAGCGGCGUGGAGGAGGUGAAGACCGUGCUGGUCACCACCAACCUGGCCCCUCACGGGGGUGACCUGACGGAAGACAGCAUGGAGACGGAAAAUGCCGCCGCGGCCGCCGCUGCCGCCUUCACAGCCUCCUCGCAGCUCAAGGAGGCCGUGUUAGUGAAGAUGGCUGAAGAGGAGGAGAGCCUGGAGGCCGAGAUCGUGUAUCCCAUCACCUGCGGGGACAGCAGGGCCAACCUCAUCUGGAGGAAGUUCGUGUGCCCCGGCAUCAACGUGAAGUGUGUUCAGUACGACGAGCACGUCAUCAGCCCGAAGGAGUUCGUGCACCUGGCGGGCAAGUCCACCCUCAAGGACUGGAAGAGGGCCAUUCGCAUGAACGGCAUCAUGCUCAGGAAGAUCAUGGACUCGGGCGAGCUGGACUUCUACCAGCACGACAGGGUUUGCUCCAACACCUGCCGCAGCACCAAGAUCGACCUCUCGGGGGCCCGCGCGUCCCUGGGCAGCCCCACGCCGGCCGAGUACAUCCCGCUCACACCCGCCACGGCUGACGUGAACGGGGCUCCUGCCACCAUCACCAUAGAGACCUGCGAGGACCCUGGGGACUGGGCCACGGCCGUCGGAGAUGACACGUUUGCCUUCUGGCGGGGGCUCAAGGACGCCGGCCUGCUGGACGAGGUCGUACAGGAGUUCCACCAGGAGCUGGUGGAGACCAUGAAGGGCCUGCAGCAGCGGGUCCAGGACCCUCCCCUGCAGCUCCGAGACGCCGUGCUCCUGAACAACAUCGUGCAGAACUUCGGCAUGCUGGACCUGGUGAAGAAGGUGCUGGCCAGCCACAAGUGCCAGAUGGACCGCUCGCGGGAGCAGUACGCCCGGGACCUGGCGGCCCUGGAGCAGCAGUGUGACGAGCACCGCCGCCGGGCCAAGGAGCUCAAGCACAAGUCUCAGCACCUCAGCAACGUGCUCAUGACGCUGACGCCCGUCUCCCUGCCGCCCCCCGUGAAGCGGCCCCGGCUGGCGAGGGCCACGUCCGGGCCGGCCGCCAUCGCCUCGCAGGUGCUCGCCCAGUCGGCCCAGAUCGCCCUGACGCCCGGCGUGCCCGUCUCCCAGCUCGCCGGCGUGCCGCUGGGCAAGGUGGUGUCGGCCCUGCCCUCGCCCGUGCUGGGCAAGGCCGCCCCCCAGGCCGCCCCGGCCGGCUCCCCCGCCUCGCCGCUGCUUGGCGGCUACACGGUGCUGGCCUCCUCGGGCGGCGCUUUCCCCGGAGCUGUGGAGAUCCACCCGGACGCCUCCAGCCUCACGGUGCUGAGCACAGCGGCCGUGCAGGACGGCGGCACAGUGGUCAAGGUGGUCAGCCCGCUGCAGCUGCUCACCCUGCCCGGCCUGGGCCCCGCCCUGCAGAACGUGGCCCAGGUGUCGCCUGGGGGCAGCACCAUCGUGACAGUGCCCACGGGGGCCGUCGAGAGCGCCGUGGCCGCCCCGGGGCCUGAGGAACACACGGCCACUGUUGAGGUGGCCGCCAUGGCAGAGGGCCAUGGGCACAAGUAGCGGCUGGCGAGGGCGAGGCCCCUGGCGGGCACAGACCUGGCCGCCUCCCUCAGCCCGGGGCUGGCAGGAGCACGGCGCCGGCGCCCGGCGGGCCACGCGGGGCUGCCGAACCAAAGAGAGGAGGAGACGCCAAAACAGCCGGAGCGGCGCGGCCUCCGAGUUCCGACCCCCGGCUUUCCUGGGAAAUCCAUUUUUCCAUCUGUCGCUUAUUCACCCUGUUUACACGUUGGGCCCGGGGCGGGAGCGAGGUGGGAGCCGAGGGGCCAGGUGCACGGGCGGCGGCGGCGGGGGGGGGAGGCCGUCACUCACACAAGGCUUGGGGACCGUCCCCAAGUGUGGAAACCGUGGAUCCUAUGGAUUUGUUUCUUCCCACAGUUUUCUGUAGGUCUAGUGGGGCCAGCGCCGGCUCUCCCGCCCUGGGCUGGGCCUCGUGGUGCUGCAGGUCUGCAUGUGGCUCGGGGAGGCUGCAGGGCACCCGGGCUCGGGGUGCAGGCCCAGGGACGCGCGCCUGGCCCGAGCCGCCGGCAGAGGCUCGGGGCCGUUGCACACGCUCUGUGGGUGUUUGAAGUGAACUCCUCAGUAGGCUUCUAGCAAGAGUCAGGUCUGUAGCGUUUUUCAGCCUAACGAUGCUGAGUGCCUCGGCUUCCCGAGCGGCCCUGGGUUCGAGUGCUCUGUACACAGGGACCAGGGGGCUUGGGUCCCGGCGGCGGCGGCGGCGGCAGGGCGGGGUGGGGUGCUCGAGGAAAGAGCAGGCAGGGCCGCGGAGGGUUCGCGCCUCAGGUCGGGGCCAUGAGCCUGUGCUCUGUGUGCCGGGGGACCCGCCCAGUGGUGGGCUGACCCCACUGGCUGAGGCCGGUGUCCAGGCGCUCGUGGGAAGACUGUCUGUGGCCGGGUGUCUGCACUCGCCGUCUUGGACUCAGGAGGGCCAGGGAGGGGCCCUGAGCUGCUGCAUUGGGGGUCCCCAGAGCCACCCCUGGUCUCCUGCGCAUCUGUCACCUGCGGAGACCCAGAGAGAAGCCACUGCCUGCUUGGCACUUCGGAGGGACCCGGGCCGCAUCCGUCCGUCUGUCCGUCCUGUCCGUCAGGCGCCCCAGCCCCACGCCAGCACGAGGCUGUUUCUGUCGUGUCUGCUCGGCCAUCAUUGCGGGAACACUGGCUUCAGUGCGACGUCAUUUUGUCACGUGCUCCUCCCGGCUGACCAACGCGGGCGCUGUGAGCUGUUGGCUUCGGCCGGACCAGCCGGGUCCCUCGUGAAACCGGGAGCCUUUGCCCGAUCAGGCCUGCUGUGUCCUCAAAAGCCGCUGCCGCCCGCGGGCCCCGUGCCUCCAGGAGGGGAGUUCCAUUCAGAGCCAUAGAGACAAAUCCACAGCCGGCUUCCUGGUGGACUCCCAGGCUCGCCGCCCCUCCACCCGCAGUGGCCGUGCCUAGUGCUCCGGAGCUGCUCCCGCGGGCACCGGUGCCUGGCAGUCUGAGCCCCGGCAUAUGGGGAGGGCCGGUUCCCCUCUUGGAGGAAAGCUCCCCCCAACCGCUGGGCCACCCGGGCUCGGGUUUCAGGGAGGUAGGCCUGGGUCUGUGGGGCUCAGGGCAGCGUGAGAAAGGGAAGGCCCUGAGUUCUCCUUUGUAUGUUGUUUCGCAAGUAUCUGCUUGGUACUUUGAUUUAAAAUAAAAGCAUUUUUCAUA